UGAUCUGGCGGGCACACUUUCCGAAAAUAAUAACAAAAUAAACCAAAUUCGAAAAAAUUAAAUUAAAUGUGCCAGUUAAGGCGCUGAAAAUGCGGUUGCGCCGCCGCUGGCCGCGAAGGAUGAGGCGCGCCAUCGAGCAGUUGAGAAUGCAGUCACGGAGAAAGCUGCGAAUGCUAAUAGGGGCAGUAGGACUCUGCCUGACAGUUUGGUUGGCUAGAAGCUACAUUUUCGCAUCAGAAAGUGCCAGAACCGGCGAGUUUGGCAGCUCUUGUAGCCCUAUAGAUGCGGUGUACACCUGGGUCAAUGGUUCUGAUCCGAAUUUCAUUGAAGCCAUCCGGCGAUUUGAUCCCAAAUAUGAUCCAUCGCGAUUCGACGACAAGAAUGAGCUGCGCUACUCCCUCAGAUCGCUGGAGAAGCACGCCAGCUGGAUCAGGCACGUCUAUAUAGUCACCAAUGGUCAGAUUCCAAACUGGCUGGAUCUCAGUUACGAGAGAGUCACAGUGGUGCCGCACGAAUUGCUAGCGCCCGAUCCCUCCCAACUACCCACGUUCUCCAGCUCGGCCAUCGAGACCUUCCUGCACCGCAUACCGAGGCUAUCGAAGAGAUUCCUAUACCUCAACGACGACAUCUUCCUGGGCGCUCCGCUAUAUCCGGAGGAUCUGUAUACGGAGGCAGAAGGAGUACGCGUGUAUCAGGCCUGGAUGGUGCCCGACUGCGCCCUGGACUGUCCCUGGACGUACAUAGGGGAUGGAGCCUGCGAUCGGCAUUGCAACAUAGAUGCCUGCCAGUUUGAUGGUGGAGAUUGCAGCGAAGCGGGGCCAGCAGAUGGAUCCCACAUCUUUCCGCAGAGCCAGGAGACACACGAGUUGGGCGCAGCAGCUGCUGUGCCUCCGACUCCAGUCCACCGGUUUCCGCACAUGGGAUUGCAAAAGCUGUUUAAAAAGAGCUCCGCAAACUUCAAGGAUGUGAUGCGCCACCGCAAUGUGUCUACACUACUUGAGCUCCGUCGCAUCGUGGAGCGGUUUAACAAGGACAAGCUUAUGUCCCUUUAUCCCGAGAUGGAGGCGAGCAGCACAGGACCUCCAACCACGCAACGCCACAUACUGCACAAGGAGGACUUCAAAUCCUCCACAGAUAUAUACUCACACUCCCUGAUAGCCACUAAUAUGCUGCUGAACAAAGCCUACGGAUUCAAGGCUCGCUAUGUGCUCGCUCACGUGGGAUUCCUGCUCGAAGCGGACAUUGUGGAAGCCAUGCAGCAACGCUUCCAGCAGCAGAUACUGGAUACUGCCCUGCAGCGCUUCAGGGCUCCCACAGAUCUGCAAUACGCCUUUGCCUACUACUCCUUUCUCAUGAGUGAAACUCAGGUCUUGGGCGUAGAAGAGAUCUUCGACGAGUUCGACACAGAUGGCUCUGGAACGUGGUCGGACCGGGAGGUCCGAACCUUUCUUACUCGCAUCUAUCCGCCGCCCCUGGACUGGUCAGCCAUGCGUUACUUCGAGGAGGUUAUUCAGAACUGCACUAGGAAUCAGGGAGUGGACUUGAAAGCAGAUUCGGUGGAGCACUCUACGUUGGUGUACGAGCGAUAUGAGGACUCGAAUCUGCCAACGAUAACCCGAGACUUGGUGGUGAGGUGUCCCCUCCUGGCGGAAGCCUUGACUGCCAAUUUUGGAGUUCGUCCCAAGUACCGAUUCCAUGUGAGUCCCAAGCGAACCUCCCACAGCAACUUUAUGAUGCUCACAUCGAACAUCACGGAGGUGGUGGAGUCCCUAGACCGGUUGCGUCGAAAUCCGCGCAAGUUUAACUGCAUCAACGAUAAUCUGGACGCGAAUAGGAGCGAGGAUAACGAGAUUGUGCGCCAUCUGCUCGAGGACUUCUAUCUGUCGUUCUUCCCGCGGCGCAGCAAGUUCGAACUGCCGCCACAGUUCCGAAAUCGAUAUGCAUCUUGGCGGGAUUAUCAGCGUUGGAAACGGAGGAAGCGAGCUGUACUGGUUGUGGGCUAUCUAGUAAGUGUACUCUUGGUGAUCUUCCUGAUGCGCUUCAUGUGCCAGCACAAGGCCAAGUUUGUGAGGCGCUGUGUACAGCGUUUGUAGUCUGUCUCUCUUCUGCAAUGUUGUGAUAAGUUGUGAAAAUUUGUGUAUAUUAGCCAUUUUUCUGCAAGCGAUCAUAGUCAAAUCUAGUUGUAGGCCUUGUCUAAGGCUAUUUUUCUAGAUCUUUAGAUGCAUGUUAGAGGCUAGUCCUAAGCUUAGCAAAUAAGAGUAAAUGUGUAGUAAAUUCGUAAGAGAUUAUUGUGUUCUAUCAUAAACUUGUGUGCAUUACUUACAACACCCAAAAAUAUCAAUGUAUCAGGGUCUCUGGCUACCAAAUGCAGAUCUAAAAUAAUAUCAGCUUUAGGAAGAGUUUUUUGCAGAGCCCUCGGUGUGAACUCUGGGUUGUAGGCCUUAUUUUAAUAAUAUUUAUGCUAGAAUAUAUGUUUAAAUUCAAAUUUCGAUUGCUUGUACCGCCAUAUCGAAGAGAAUCCAUUAAGGAACUAUAAAUCUAACUGAAUUUUGUAUUUACUGCUUGGUAUAUCUUUAAGUUCCCUUUGUCAAUGUAUGAUAAUGGCACUAGGGCUGUAAGAAGUCUCUUUAUAUAAACAUAACUAAAGAAUGUUAGAGAUUAGAUUAAAAAAAGUAAGCUAAAAUCUCAGAACGAAAAUCCUGAAAUGUGUGGCAAUAUUCAUUUAAAUACUAAGUUACAUCUGUAUCUCUAUAAUUUCUACUUAAAUACCUUUACUAGAAUUUUUUAUAGUAUAUAUUUUAAAGUCUUUUAAAAAUAGUUUAGAAACCAAAGCCAGUGCUAAACUGAAACCAUUUAAAAUUAUUUCUGAGUCCAGAAAUCUCUUAUCCCUUAUUUAGAGAAAGAAUAGUUCCCACUUUAGUUAUUUAUCUAAACA